UCCUAAUUUCUUUAUUGAAUAGAAGUGAAAACCACAAAAAAAAAAAAAAAAAAACUUCUUUUUAAAAACCUCACGCACUCUACACACACGUUCAGAGGAAGGAAGGGGAAAAAAAAGAAGCCCACCGUGAUGUCUCUCUUCUCUCUAUGACCCGUUUAUCAGAGAAACUUCAUCUCUUACACAUCAUAAUCAAAAUCUCUCAAUUUUCUCUCUCUACUCUCAAUCUCUUGAAAGCCCUAACUUUCAAAACCCUAACUUUUAUUCCAUCUUCAAUUAUGGGGGAGGAUUUCUUCUCUUUCCACAACUCCAACACUGAUGAUUCUUCAAUCUUCGACUUGGAUUACGAUAACACCCGCUCCUCCGCCGCCGCCGCCUCUUCCUCCGCUUCUGGUUUCUUCAGUUCUACUCUUUACCGUGGUUGGUUUAGUAACGAUGACGAUGAUAAUGAUUUUGACAAGCUUUACUUGGUUCCUUAUAGGUGGUGGAGUGAGGUGGAAACUGGUGGUGAACAAGUAGGAGUUUUGUACAAUGUGAUAUCGAACUUUGGUGGUGAUGAUGCAGAGAUUGUACUUGAUUUUAGGAAGGAAGAAGGUUCUGAGAGGAGUGAGGAUACUGAAGAAGGGUUUUCUGGCCGUGAGUAUGCUAUAAUCUCUGGAAGAAUGUGGUUACAGGCGCUUAAACGGCAUAAUGAUUCUAAAGGAGUAAUGAAGGUUGUUAGUGGCUCUUUUAUUGCUGAAGAUUAUUCACAGGAUGUGUUUCCCUUACAAAUAAGGCUUUCAGUUUCUAGGGAAACAAAUUCUUUGGUUGUGAAGAUCAGCUCAAAGGACAAUCUAGUUUCUUCUUACAGAAGAGCUUGCAAUAUUUUUGCUCCCAAAUCUAAGCUGUUGCAUAUAUGGGACUUCUCAGGGCAGACAACCCAAUUUCUCAUCGAUGAUAAGAUCAAUCUGCCUAAUGAUACCCUGGGAGAACAAGGCAAAGAGAUUACUCUUGAAUUGCAAGCCUAUGGAUUUUCAGAUUCUAUGACUGUUAGAGAUGAAAACUUUGAUGAGAUGGUGGAGAUGGAGACUUCUUUUGAAUCUGGUUCUGUUAAAAUGAAUGGGUGCACUGACCAUGUGCGCUCUUAUUCGUCACUAAGGAACUCACAAUCUGGGAGUGGCUUUAGGGUAUUUGGUUACCUGGGUUUGAGGGGAUUGCAGAAUCUUGGGAAUACAUGUUUCAUGAAUAGUGCAAUUCAGUGCUUGGCUCACACCCCAAAGCUAGUUGACUAUUUUCUCGGGGACUAUGGAAAAGAGAUAAAUCAGGAAAAUCUAUUAGGGACAAAGGGGGAGCUUGCUUUAGCAUUUGGGGAUUUGCUAAGUAAACUAUGGACACCACGAGAUACCCCAGUGGCUCCUGCAAUAUUCAAGCGAAAACUAGCAGAUUUUGCUCCUCAAUUCAGUGGCUACAACCAGCAUGAUUCGCAAGAGUUUCUUUCUUUUUUGUUGGAUGGACUCCAUGAAGAUUUGAAUCGUGUAAAGUCCAAGCCAUAUAUAGCCAUUAAAGAUGCAGAGGGUCGCCUAGAUGAAGUGGUAGCAGAGGAAUAUUGGAGGAAUCACCUGGCUCGCAAUGACUCGAUCAUAGUUGAUUUGUGCCAAGGUCAGUAUCAGUCAACACUGGUUUGCCCUGCUUGCAACAAGAAGUCUGUCACAUUUGAUCCAUUUAUGUACUUAUCACUGCCAUUACCUUCAACAACAAUGCGGACUAUGACUUUGACUGUCCUGAGCACUGAUGGGAUGAAUUUACCAACCCCAAUUACUGUAACCGUGCCCAAAUGUGGGAGGCAAAAAGAUCUCAUUGAGGCCUUGAGCAUUGCUUGUUCUUUGAGAAAUGAUGAAAUGCUGAUGGUGGUUGAGAUAUACAAGAAUAGAAUUUUUCGUCGCCUUACUGAGCCAUCUGACUCGGUAGCCUUGAUCAGAGAUGAAGACAAACUUGUUGCUUACCGGUUACUAAAAGAUAACAGAAAUUCACCCAUGGUUGUCUUUAUGCAUGAAAGGGUGGAAAGGCCUUGUGAAUUUGAGAGAGCAAUACCAAAUCUGAAGUUAUUUGGCAUUCCUUUUGUAGCAAGAUUAGAGAAUCUUUAUACUGGAUUUGAUCUCCAUAAACAAUAUCUGAAAUUACUAAGCCCACUUCUUAUGCCUGCUGAUGAUGCACUCAAUGAUUAUGAUGAUGUGGGAAUCACAACUAAUGAAGAUUCUACAAUGGAGGAUGUAGUUUGCCCUACAAUCUCGGACAGUAAUACAGGCUCAGACACUGGAACAGAGGAUGACCAGUGUUCCAGCUCUGAUUUUCAAUUCUAUUUGAAAGAUGGAAUGCGAUCAACAGAGAUAAAGAUGAAUGAGCCGUUACCAGUCCCAAAAUUUAGCGAUAACUUGGAGGUCUAUGUAACUUGGUCGGAAAGUAUGAUUGAGAAGUAUGAUACAUGCCUUCUCAGCUCGUUGCCAGAGGUUUUAAAGCCCCAGUUAUAUGCUAGGAGGCCUCAAGAGUCUGUUUCUUUAUAUAAAUGCCUUGAAGCUUUCUUGAAAGAAGAGCCUUUAGGACCAGAAGACAUGUGGGAUUGCCCCAGCUGCAAGAAGCCUCGGCAGGCUAGGAAAAAGUUAGACCUUUGGAGAUUGCCUGAAAUCUUGGUUGUUCAUUUGAAGAGGUUCUCAUACAGUCGUUAUAUUAGGAACAAGUUGGAAACAUAUGUGGACUUCCCAAUUGAUGAUUUUGAUCUUUCGACCUACACUUCCAAGAAGGACAGCCAGUUUUCCAAUCAUUAUGUAUUGUAUGCAAUAAGCAAUCAUCAUGGAGGCAUGGGAUGUGGUCACUAUGAUGCCUUUAUUGACCUUGGGUAUCGCAAAUGGUACGAGUUCGACGACAGCCGUGUUAGUCCUGUUAGUGAGGAUGAUAUUAAAACAUCAGCUGCCUACGUACUUUUCUACAGGAGAGUUGCAUAAACAUUUUCAUAUAAUUAUUUAUCACGAUUUCAUAACCAUUUCAAGGCCUGCAUCGCCCUUUAAAGCAGUUUACUCGUUAGAAUCAGGAAACAAUUGUGAAUGGAAGUACAGGGGAGGAUUUGCUGUACAGUUUUUAGGGGUGUCAGUGACGUUACAAAUUGAUCAAGCAGUUUACUCUUCAGCAGCAGGAAACAAUUGCGAAUGAGAGGAAGUAAGGGGAGGAUUUGCUGUACAGUUUUUAGGGGUGUCGGUGAUGUUACAAAUUGAUCAAACACCUUUUAUUUACUAUGUAUAUAUGCUCCAUACAAUCAGACAGGAGUUUUGAGAUUUUAUUACAUUUUUUGUCAAAGAGAGUAAGUUGCCCUUUCCUUGAAUGUGUAUAUAGGGUACAAUGAUUUACUCAGGGUAUUACAUGAGAAAACAUGGCUCCUUGGUCACAGUUAUAUUCUUCCA